CCAAUUUUGUAGUCUUGCCACAACGGGCAGCUUACAAUCGAUUAUAUUCCAAACGAAGCCCCCGAUUUUUAAACCAGAGCGACAUUUCCGCAAGCCCACGUUAUUUCUAACGCUUUCCAAAGCGCCUUGCCUAUAGCCUGCCAAUAUGGGUCUCGCGAAUUUCACUCCUUUUAAGAAGGAUCGCCAGAACUUUCCCGGAGUCGUGAUUCCGCUGGCUGAUGCCCCUGCUCACCAUUCCGCAGACUCAGAUGAGAAAGCAAAGAAGUCUCUGGAUCGUGCGCCCUCCUCGGAGAAUGGCUCUGCUGGAUCACUGGGUGAAUCGAGCCAUUUGACUCUUGAAGCUCUCCGUGCGGAGGUAGAGUCUGAUAUCUCCACUUCGGGCCAUGAUUCGGCAUAUGAUCGCAAAGCAAAGGUGAUCAACCGAGCUCUCCAGGAUAUCGGUAUGGGCCGAUACCAGUGGGAGCUGUUCUUCCUGUGUGGUUUCGGCUGGACUGCUGACAAUCUCUGGCUUCAGGGAGUUGCUCUGACCUUGACACCUCUCUCUUAUGAGUUUGGUAUUUCUGAGUCGCAUGUUCGAUUCACGACUUGUGCUCUGUUCUUGGGUCUCUGCAUCGGUGCCUCUUUCUGGGGUAUCGCAUCCGAUAUCAUUGGUCGUCGCUGGGCGUUCAACACGACCUUGUUCCUUGCUGGUGCCUUUGGACUUGCUGCUGGUGGCGGCCCCACCUGGAUUGGUGUCUGUGCUUUGUACUCUUGCCUUGGUCUUGGUGUUGGUGGUAACCUACCUGUUGACGGUGCUCUGUUUCUCGAAUUCCUCCCCUUCGCCUCUGGCAACAUGUUGACCAUGUUGAGUAUCUGGUGGCCCAUUGGUCAAUUGAUUGGCAGUCUUUUCGCCUGGGCAUACAUUCCCACUUUCAGCUGCUCCUCCAUGGAAGGCUGCACCAAGGGUCAGAACUGGGGCUGGCGCUAUCUGGUCCUCACCCUGGGUGCCAUCACCUUCUGCAUGUUCGUUGCGCGGUUCUUCUUCUUCCACCUGUAUGAGUCUCCUAAGUUCUUGCUCUCUCGUGGUCGACAAGAGGAGGCCGUUGCAUCAGUUCAUGGAAUCGCAUACAAGAACAAGACCAAGACCUGGUUGACGAACGAGAUCCUCAACGAAAUUGGUGGACAUGCCGAGAACAAGGAGGUAGAAAAGCUCACCUACACCCAGAUCGUGAAGCGCUUCUUCUCCAAGUUCUCGAUGGAGCGAAUUGGUCCCCUCUUCGCUACGAAGCGCCUGGGCUUCAGCACCGUCCUUCUCUGGUUCUGCUGGGCUACUAUUGGUAUGGGAUACCCGCUGUUCAACGCCUUCCUGCCUCAGUACCUCUCCAAGUCUGGCGGCACCACCAACUCAAACUAUAUCACCUACCGCAAUUACGCUAUCACCUCGAUCGUCGGUGUUCCCGGCUCUAUCUUAGCCUGCUACACCGUUGAAAUCAAGUAUAUCGGCCGCAAGGGAACAAUGGCCAUCGCCACUAUGAUCACCGGCGUGUUACUGUUCUGCUUCACCGCAUCCUCCAACCCCAGUGUUCAGUUGGCCUGCAGCUGUCUGGAGGCUUUCUUCCAAAAUAUUAUGUACGGCGUUCUGUACGCUUACACCCCCCGAGUUCGUGGUACUGCCACUGGUAUCUGCAGCUGUCUGAACCGCAUUGCUGGUCUUUGUGCCCCACUCGUGGCCAUCUAUGCCGGUGGUAGUAGCCCAGAUGCGCCAAUCUACGCCUCCGGUGGAUUGAUUCUUGCUGCUUUUGUUGCGAUGACUUUGCUGCCCAUUGAGACUCGGGGCAGGCAGACUUUGUAA